AUCUCAGUUUGGGACAUUACACCGGAGAUCAAGGAGUUGAUCAAAACGAGCGGCAUGAAGAAUGGUUUCGUGAACGUGAUCUCUCGGCACACCACCACAGCCGUCAUGAUCAAUGAGUAUGAGUCGCGUCUGAUCAAAGACCUCAAAGACUACUUCUUGAAGAUAGCUCCCCCUGAUGCAAAGUACCUGCACAACGAAAUACAUUUGCGCCCAGAGACGCAGGAGGACAAGAGGAGGGUUCUCCUCAACAACUGGGAUAUCAAUGAUCCUGCUGUACUUGAGGCUUGGAGAUCCCAGGAGCCCUUCAAUGCUCACUCACACUUACUGUCUAUGAUGCUUGGGAACUCAGAAAGCAUUCCGGUAUCAAACGGUGAACUGGCGAUCGGGCAGUGGCAAUCAGUGAUGCUCGUUGAUUUGGACGGUCCACGCAAAAGGACUGUAGGUAUCCAAGUGUUUGGCACAUGA